UUCCUCCGUCUGACCAAUGGGGUGAGGCGGGGGGCGGGAUCAGUCCGGGGGCGGAGUCUGUGUCGAUGGCCACGGGAAGCGCAGCUGCAUGAACGAUCUCACCGAACCUGCACCCGUGUUUUUCGGCCGCGAUUUCCCCCCCCUGCGAGCGCCGCUCACGGAACACCCCCGCGGGGAGGCGAGAGAGAGGACUGCGGGGCCGCGGAGGUGCGGCGGAGAGCCAGGCCAGGAAAGGACGCCCGAGUUCGGUUUGAUGCUGGCGGCCCGUCCGCCCUUUAAACACGGAUGCUGCUGCCGCUGCUGCAUUCAUAAGGGAUCGCUGUUUAUCCGAGAAGAGGUCGGACGCGUCAACGUCCCCUAUUUUCACAUUCAAAGCCGAUCGGCAGACGUCAAUCGCACGAACGGACCGCGAGAGCCGAAGCGCGACAGGCGCGGCAGCAUCCCUCCCUACCUGCGGCUCUCCAGCGCCUGACAGGCCCAGAGUCAUGGGCAACACGCCGGCCGCCAAACGGGGCAACGAGAUGGAAAGCGUCAAAGAGUUUCUGGCCUUCGCCAAAGAAGAUUUCCUCAGGAAAUGGGAGAGUCCUGCACAGAACACAGCCUGUCUGGAGGACUUCGACCGGUUGAAAACUCUGGGCACUGGCUCAUUCGGUCGCGUGAUGCUGGUCAGACACCGAGAGACCGGCCAGCACUACGCCAUGAAGAUCCUUAACAAACAGAAGGUGGUGAAGCUGAAGCAGAUUGAACACACUCUAAAUGAGAAGAGGAUACUGCAGGCCGUCAGCUUCCCCUUCUUAGUGCGCCUGGAAUACUCCUUCAAGGACAACACUAAUCUCUACAUGGUGAUGCAGUACGUUCAGGGAGGGGAGAUGUUUUCACACCUGCGUAGAAUCGGCAGAUUCAGUGAACCCCAUGCGCGCUUUUAUGCUUCACAAAUAGUUUUGACCUUUGAAUAUCUGCAUGCCCUUGACCUGAUCUACAGAGACCUUAAACCAGAGAACCUCCUCAUCGAUCAGCAGGGCUAUAUCCAGGUGACAGACUUUGGUUUCGCGAAGCGGGUGAAGGGCCGCACGUGGACAUUGUGCGGGACCCCGGAGUAUCUGGCCCCAGAGAUCAUCCUCAGCAAGGGUUAUAAUAAGGCAGUGGACUGGUGGGCUCUGGGUGUGUUGAUGUACGAGAUGGCUGCUGGUUAUCCUCCAUUUUUCGCCGAUCAACCCAUUCAGAUCUACGAAAAGAUUGUCUCAGGAAAGGUACGAUUCCCGUCGCACUUCAGUUCGGACCUGAAGGACCUGUUGAGAAACCUGCUGCAGGUGGAUCUCACCAAACGCUACGGAAACCUUAAAAACGGAGUUAACGACAUCAAAGGACACAAGUGGUUCUCCACUACUGACUGGAUAGCCAUUUACCAGCGGAGGGUGGAGGCCCCAUUUGUGCCUAAAUGCAGAGGUCCCGGGGACACCAGCAACUUCGACGACUACGAGGAAGAAGAGAUCCGUGUGUCGUUCACGGAGAAGUGUGCAAAAGAAUUUGCCGAGUUCUAGAGGAAGAAACGAUAGAAAUCAGAGAGAGGGAUAUAGGUGGAGAGAAAGAGAGAGAAGGAGAAAAAGUGCAUGAAUCUUAAAACCGAUCCUUCCUCCUGUUAAACAGCAGAGAAACCAGCGGAAGAGUGCAGAGAAGACCUCCAGGGAUAAACAGUGAGGCCUUUAUCAUCUCCUCUAUUUUAAUCAUGUUUGUAAUUUUCUCUUUUUUUUUUUUUUUUUUUUUUUUUUUUUAAAUCUCUGUUCAUGUGAUAUUAAUCAUGAUGGAUUUGAUAGGGUGUAAUUGUUGGCCUGUGGACUGGGAUUGUUGUUUCCGCACAAAGACAGACGGGGUUAGUUAUAUCUCUAAUCUUGAGCAGUUACCGCUAAGGUGCAAGUUCUCCACUAGGUCACCAUAACAACCAUACAAAAAAAUAGAAAAAAAAAAAGAACGAAAAAAUAUGUAUUCCUGUGUAAUAACCGAAAUAUUUUUGGUCCUGUAUACUGUCAUGUGUUUCUUUAUUCUUAAAAUGCACUGAAAGGGAUGACAAAGUGAAAAUGGCAUAGAAAAGAAGCCAUGAUUUCAUAAUAUGAGCACCUCUUUUCUUUUCUUCUUUCAGCUGUAGGUCCACUGCGCUCUGUAAAAUAUUCACUGAUGAACUUUGAACUUUCACCUAUGAAAUGUGCCAUGAAAUCCUACAAGUGUCAAUAUUUUGGCUCAUCAGUCGUUUCAUUGAUUCUAGCUGACAGAUAGCAGGCUGCGAUGAGUCGACAGCGGACCGCGUCAAGCCUUCGUGCAGAGGAGGGGAUGAAUGUUUUCGUUUCGUUUGUUUAGUAUUGUUAAUACUAUAAUUGUUACGGUUCUCAUUGGGUUAUACAUUUCUAGUACCUGACGAAAUUGCACACGCUCUGUGCGCGAUUCACACGGCGAAGCCUUGCGGUCGGUCGACACUCUCCAGCGAGCCGCCGCAUCGCUCUCUCCGUUUUCGCCAUCUCUUCCCCCUUUAUUCUUCCAUUACUGCAUUUUUAAAUAGGCAAAGUCUUCUCUCUGAAUGGGUGCAGAGCAUCUGGCUCCUUUUUGGGUGAGAAUUUCUUACACGCAACUCUCUAGGCUACAAAUAUCUCCUCUAAGCUGGAGGUGAACUCAGUGGAUACCAGUGCUUACUCCUGAGGACAUGGUUCAAGUUAAUUGUGAUAUUUUGCACCACAAGAAUCAUUCCAAUAAAGUAUUACUAUAAAUACCAAA